UAUACCUGCUGAUGUCAUAUUACCUUAGCUCUCUUAAGGUUCCUGAGCACAAUACUAAAUCGUCUUUGCCUAACUGUCAAGAACAGUAACACAGAAGGCCUUCUUCAAGUCCAUCUGGCCCAAUAUGCCCCUUAAAAACAGAGAAGCAUGAACUCGAUGAAGGCGCUGCAUGAAAUCCACAAUGCACAGCCUUUUUCUCUCUCAAUCCAACUUUAGACUGCGCAGGAAAGCCCACACUUCAGCUUGUGCUUAUCUUUCUGAAAUCCGAAAAUCUCAUGGGCAUGCCAUCAAACUAGGGACCUCAGCUUUUGAAUCAGACGUUGUUGGAGCUUACUGCGAACAGAAUGCAUUCUUUGAUGCUUGUCAAUUGUUCGAUGAAAUGCCUGACUGGGAUGUCAUAUCGGCCACCGCCAUAAUUGGUCGCUUUGCACGGGUCCACCGUCACGAAGAGGCCAUCUGUCUCUUCUCAAGGAUGCUUGCGUUGGGCAUCAGACCCAGUGAGUUCACCUUUGGAACCGUGAUUCACUCGACCAUUGCUCUACGAGACAUUAAUUUAGGCAAGCAACUUCAUGCUUGCGCAUUGAAGGUGGGCCUUGGAUCAAACGUCUUUGUGGGUAGUGCAGUCCUUGAUAUCUAUGCCAAGCUGAGCACUGUUGAGGAAGCUAAGAGAGCUUUUGAAGAUACCCACGAGCCCAAUGUAGUUUCUUACACGACUUUGAUAUGUGGAUACCUGAAGAAAGGAAGAUUUGAAGAUGCUCUCCGGAUAUUUAAGGAGAUGCCCGAGAGAAAUGUUGUUUCCUGGAAUGCUAUGAUUGGAGGGUAUAGCCAAACGGGUCAUAAUGAAGAGGCUGUGAAUCUUUUUGUUAAAAUGUGGAGAGAAGGCGUGUUGCCUAAUCAAUCUACUUUUCCCUGUGCUUUUAGUGCAGCUGCUAAUAUAGCUGCACCUGGGAUUGGCAGAAGUUUUCACGCCUGUGCAGUUAAGUCCUUGGGUAAGCUUGAUGUGUUUGUUGGCAAUUCUUUAGUAAGCUUUUAUGCAAAAUGUGGAAACAUGGAAGAUAGUCUUUUGGUUUUUAAUGAACUUACCAAAAGAAAUGUUGUUUCUUGGAAUGCCAUUAUAUGUGGUUAUGCACAGAAUGGGAAAGCAAAAGAGGCACUAGAUUUCUUUGAAAAAUUGCAGGUUACAGAUCUUCGACACAACAGUGUUACACUUCUUGGUCUAUUCUUGGCUUGUAACCAUGCUGGCUUUGUUGAUGAGGGCAAACUGUAUUUUAAUAGGGCAAGACUGGAGGAACCCGAGUUGCUAAAACCUGAGCACUAUGCAUGCAUGGUUGAUUUACUAUCCCGUUCUGGACAUUUCCAGGAAGCAGAGACGCUUCUUUGCAACUUGCCUUUUGAUCCUGGUAUUGGGUUUUGGAAGGCUUUGCUUGGAGGCUGUCAGAUCCACUCAAAUAAGGAGCUGGGAGAGUUUGCAUCCCGACAGAUCCUGGCUUUGGAUCCUGAUGAUGCGUCAUCUUAUGUAAUGCUAUCAAAUGCACAUUCUGCAGCUGGCAGAUGGCAGAAUGUCUCAACAAUUAGGAAAGAGAUGGAGGAGAAGGGGAUGAAGAGGAUUCCAGGUUGCAGUUGGAUUGAGAUCAGAUGUAAAGUAAAUGUUUUUGUUACUGGGGACAAGAACCGUGAGCAGAGAGAUGACAUAUAUGCUGCACUGAGGCUCUGUACUGAGCAUAUGAGGGAUAGCCUAGCUCCCAAUUUGCUAACAGAAACUUGAAUUAAGUUUAAACCAAAUAAUUUUAAGGAGUUCUUGAAGUUGUUAGGAAAUUUUUAAUUUCCUAUUGUGGGCUCACAUAUUUAAGAACAAUUAUUUUGCUAGACUA